CACAACUAUCGUCGUACAGUAGUAAAAGCUUAUUCCUGUGUUUAAACCCGUGUUAAUUGAGAAUUGGGAAUUCCGCUAGGGAUCCUAGUCUUCCACAACCUUUGGGUAUCUCUAUAAACCAGCCGCGCCCAUUAUCUCCUUCGUGUGCCAAUAACUGUGCAAAGUAACUGGCCGUGGGCGAUGUUCCAUCUCUAGUUAGUCAAAACAUUAAAGUCAGUCGCAUUUUUACAUUGUUGAAAAAUGAUGAUUUAAGUACUUAAAAAGCAGCCGAACAUCGAGUAAAGACAGUCAAGAGAGAACUUGGCCCGCCAGAGAUCGAGAGUCCCGUACCGAAAGCCCACUCGAACAGCAAAUCGCAGCAGCUAAUCCCCCCGAGAAAUGGAUCGCAAGGCUGAGCUGGAACGCAAGAAGGCCAAGUUGGCCGCCCUGCGCGAGGAGAAGGAUCGCCGGCGGCGCGAGAAGGAGAUCAAGGACAUGGAGGAGGCGGCCGGUCGCAUUGGCGGCGGAGCAGGCAUCGACAAGGAUCAGCGCAAGGAUCUCGACGAAAUGCUGUCAUCGCUGGGCGUGGCCCCCGUCUCCGAGGUCCUUUCCUCACUCUCCUCCGUCAACUCGAUGACAUCGGACAACUCCAACACACAGACCCCCGACGCCAGCCUCCAAGCCACCGUCAAUGGCCAGAGCGGCGGAAAGAAACAGCCCCUCAACCUGAGCGUCUACAAUGUGCAGGCUACGAACAUUCCACCAAAAGAGACGCUGGUCUACACGAAGCAGACCCAGACGACCAGUACCGGAGGCGGAAACGGCGAUGUUCUUUCUUGCCACUCCUCGCCUCUGUCAGGAUAUAUGGAGGACUGGUGGCGUCCACGCAAAGCUCAUGCUACGGAUUAUUAUGAUGAAUACAAUCUUAAUCCGGGUUUAGAGUGGGAGGAUGAAUUCACAGUGCUUGCAUUUGAUGCCCAAGGAGACGACGAAGAGAGCUCACUGCAGAACCUGGGCAACGGAUUCACCUCCAAGCUGCCCCCGGGCUAUCUCACCCACGGCCUGCCCACCGUCAAGGACGUCGCCCCGGCCAUCACGCCCCUGGAGAUCAAGAAGGAGACCGAAGUGAAGAAGGAGGUCAACGAGCUGUCCGAGGAGCAGAAGCAGAUGAUCAUACUGUCGGAGAACUUCCAGCGGUUCGUGGUGCGCGCCGGCCGCGUCAUCGAACGGGCCCUCUCGGAGAAUGUGGACAUAUACACGGACUACAUCGGCGGCGGCGACAGCGAGGAGGCGAACGACGAGCGAUCGCACGCGCGACUCUCGCUGAACCGCGUCUUCUACGACGAGCGCUGGUCGAAGAACCGCUGCAUCACCAGUAUGGACUGGUCCACCCACUUCCCCGAGCUGGUGGUGGGCUCGUACCACAACAACGAGGAGAGCCCCAACGAGCCGGACGGCGUGGUGAUGGUGUGGAACACCAAGUUCAAGAAGAGCACGCCCGAGGACGUCUUCCACUGCCAGAGCGCGGUGAUGUCCACCUGCUUUGCCAAGUUCAAUCCCAACCUGAUCCUCGGCGGCACCUAUUCGGGCCAGAUUGUGCUGUGGGACAAUCGCGUGCAGAAGCGCACGCCCAUCCAGCGCACGCCCCUCAGUGCCGCGGCGCACACGCAUCCCGUCUACUGCCUCCAGAUGGUGGGCACCCAGAACGCGCACAACGUCAUCUCCAUAUCCUCGGAUGGCAAGCUGUGCUCCUGGUCGCUGGACAUGCUGUCGCAACCACAGGACACGCUCGAGCUGCAGCAGCGCCAGUCGAAGGCCAUUGCCAUUACAUCGAUGGCCUUCCCGGCCAACGAGAUCAACAGCCUGGUGAUGGGCAGCGAGGACGGCUACGUCUACUCCGCCUCGCGCCACGGCCUGCGCUCCGGGGUCAACGAGGUGUACGAACGCCAUCUUGGCCCUAUCACUGGCAUAUCCACGCACUACAACCAGCUGUCGCCGGACUUUGGCCACCUCUUCCUAACCUCGUCCAUUGACUGGACCAUCAAGCUCUGGUCGCUAAAGGACACAAAGCCGCUGUACUCCUUUGAGGACAACUCCGACUACGUGAUGGACGUCGCCUGGUCGCCCGUGCAUCCCGCACUCUUCGCCGCCGUCGACGGCAGCGGCCGCCUGGACCUGUGGAACCUCAACCAAGACACGGAGGUGCCGACCGCCUCGAUCGUCGUGGCGGGAGCACCAGCCCUUAACCGCGUUUCCUGGACCCCAUCCGGCCUGCACGUGUGCAUCGGCGACGAGGCCGGCAAGCUGUACGUCUACGACGUGGCCGAGAAUCUGGCGCAGCCAUCGCGCGACGAAUGGUCGCGGUUCAACACCCAUCUUAGCGAGAUCAAGAUGAACCAGAGCGACGAGGUCUAGGACGAUAUGGUUAACUGGUAGUUGAUAGUCGAUACCACUUUUGCUAAGCUUACAGGAGCGUCCUUGAAUGAAAUUUAAUUUGUAUUUUUGUAUCUUUUGUGAUCCCGCUACUGUGUAUAGCCAGCCCAGAACUCAAAACUCAACCGCUGUCCAAGUGCUCAGAAUCACUCCAAAGCCCCCAAGAAAUCAGGGGAAACUGCAACAUUCUCUAAAAUGAAACUAGACAUACAUGCAUAUACAUAUACGAAGAGCAGAACUUGAAGUUUAUCUAUUUGAUUGGUAUAUGCAUUGUUUUGUUACUCCAUAUUGGUUUCAUUCUAUAGGUGUUUCCCCAGUUCCGUUUCCACCACCAAUCGCAACCAAAUUGGCGGAGUUUCCACAUUUUCUUAUCGAUUCCGACUCCAUGGAAAUUUGAUUAGUGGUGGCAACGGAACAGCAAGUAGGAUUCAUACUUUAUUUUAAAUUAGUGGAACUAACAGGAUUGCAGAAUAAUGAUCGUUUGCUCGACUGUCGGGCAGGCUGAGAGCAACACAUAAAUAAAUUAAAUGCUACAUAUUAUAUACAACGUAUUAAGAGUGGAAGUGGGGGCUCGGGAAUGAAGGUACGAGCACUGACGAUGGAGCUGCGUCCCCUCUCAACUGAAAGAGCCCAAAUGUAAAUGUAUUAUAGCGAAGCCUAUUUAACGAGAUUAAAUAAACAUAAUAUCUAUAUACACCUGCAAGAA